AUGGGGGCGGUGCCGUCCACGGCCGAUGAGAAGCUUCGAGCUGAAGUUGCAGUGAAACUUCAUGCAGCUAAACGCUCUCGGCGCGAUGCUCGUUCCAACAAGAUUGUUUUGGAGGAUGUUUUCAAUGCGGUUGGUCCAGAUUCGGCCGGGACGGUGAGUUUCCAGCAGUUCAAACGCGCCUCCGAGCGCUUGGGCAUGCGAGUGGCAGAGAAGCAGCUGAAGGCUGCCUUCAGCCCCUUCGAGGUCUCCCACAGCGGUCGCUUUGAUUGCGCAGAGUUCAUCCAAUUUGUUUGCGAUGACGCCCGGCCAGAUCCGACAAGAUCGGAGUCCUCUUCCAAGCGACGACCUUCAGGACCUUCAGGCAUGGCAAGCCGGCCCAAGGAUAUGCUCACAGAUGCCUCGGAGAUGGGUGUUCGGCGUUCUGCCGCUCGCAUUGCAGAUGCUAUAUUUGACAAGGAGGUGGAUCUGAGAGAAGCCUUCAGAAGUUGGGACAAGAAGAAUUUGGGUGGCCUAGAUGCGACUGAAUUCCAGGGUGCUUUGGCGAGCCUGGGCUUUGAAGCCACUCCCGAAACCGCAGCUGCAGUCUUUACGGCUUUUGACUUGAAGGGAGAUGGUCGCGUUUCCUGCUGGGAAUUCACCAGGGGCCUUCACAAUUUGCAGGCUGCAGCUGAAGCGACUGCAUCAGAGGAAGAAAGGCGUGCGCGGAGGGACAGGAAGAAGGCAUCUGCUCUUCGCAAACAGGACCAACAACUCGCCGUCAUUGGUGCUGGUUUAGGUGGGGGGCAUCUUCCAGAGGCCACAGCUUUGACGGGAGCACUGGCAGGAAACGAUGCUGCAUGUCUGAGAAAGGCACUCCGUGCAGCAGAGGAUGCAGGAUUGGAUGCUGAUGAACUGAAGGCCGCGAAGCUGAAGCUGCAGCAGUUGGAGGAGUUGGAAGCCGCGGAGGACGCCUUGGAGGACGCCCAAAAUGCGCAGCCCCGCAGCGCGGAGCGGCUACGGCGGGCACUGCAAGAUGCCGAAGCGGCAGGGCUCAGCGAGGAGACCUUGACCGAGGCAAGAAAGAGCUUGGCACGAGAGGAGUGGAGAGAUCAAGUGAGGAAGCGACUACAGCAUGCAAUGCAGAGUCGUGAUACCAACGAUUUGCGAGAAGCCAUCGCUGAUGGCGAGGCUUGCAGCUUGCCGGAGGAUGAAUUAGUUCCUGCACGGGAAAUUCUGGCAGAGGAAACCCGAAAAGCACGAGCCCGUGCAGCUCUGGAAAAAGCAGUGGCCUCCCGCGACUGUUUGCAAGAGGCCUUGCGCUUGGGUGAACGCGCGGGUUUGUCGGAAGAGCUCUCCAGAGCGCGGGAAGUCCUCAAGGACUUGGAUGGCCGCGAUCAAGCAGAAUAUCAGUUGAGAGAAGCGAUCAAAAGGAGGGACGUGUCGAUGCUCAAGCACGCCAUUGAUGUGGGGAAGGCUCAGGGUGCGGACGAUGGACUCAUCAACGAAGCUCAGCAUGUGUUGGAGGAGGAGUUCCAGAAAGAAUCUGCCCGGCAGCAACUCCACGAGGCGAUGCGCAGCCAGGACACGGCGCGGCUUCGCGAUGCGUUGACCGCGGCCGAGAGGCACCUGUCAGAUUCAGAGCUUCACGCGGCGCGUGAACUUCUCCAACGACUUGAGCGACAGGCCCGAGCUCGAGAGAAUUUGAAGAAAGCCAUGGAAGCCAUGGAAGAGUUUGUCGCUCCAAGCGAUGCGGCGAAAUUACGACAAGCUCUGGAAGAAGCAGAAGCUGCAGGUCUUGGGAGUGACGAUUUGGCCGCAGCACGGCAGAUGUUGGAUGCCGAGACACGCAGGGCAGCUGCUAGAGAUGCACUGAAUUCAGCAUUGUCAUCUGGCGAUGCUUCGCGGCUCAGGGCCGCCAUCACUGAAGGUGAGCAUGUUGGCCUGGCCCCAGACGAGCUCGCAGCUGCCCGAGACGCUUUGUCCAAACUCGAUGCCCAAAGUUUGGCUCGGCAAAAGCUCCGUGAUGCCUUGGCAUCCAGAGACCCCAAAGAUCUGCAGGAUGCCAUUGCAUUUGGUGAAGCUACCGGUUUGCCGGACCCGGAUUUGGCUGCUGCCCGAAAGGCUUUGGAAGACGAGCUGCGGAGAAGCCAAGCGCGAUCACAGCUGCAACAGGCUGAGGCUUCUGGUGAUGUCCAUCAGCUGCAGCAGGCCAUUGCUGAAGCCAAGGCUGCCAACCUUUCAGCAGCGGAAAUCGCAAGAGCUCAAGCUGCAUUAAACACUGCAGAACGCCAAGAGGCUGCAAGAAAACGGCUCAAAGAGGCUGUGAGUCUAGGAGAUGGUCAACUUCUUCGUGCAGCUUUAGAUGAAGGAGAAGCUGCUGGUCUUAGCGAAGAUGAGCUGAAAGAAGCCAGGCAGGCACUGAGCCAAGAAGACUUGAAGGCUGUUGCUCGGCGAAGGUUGCAAGAUGCAACUGCCAGCAGAGACAAAGAGGCGCUUCAAGUGGCUUUGGACAGUGCAAGCGCUGCGGGCUUGCCUUCUGAUGAUCCCAAAGUGCAAGCAGCCCAACAAGUCUUGGACGAAGAAUUGCGCAAGGAAAGAGCUGCCCAAGCUCUUCGUUCGGCCUGUGCUGCCCAAGACAUUGAAGCCUUGAAGCUGGCACUAGGUGAAGCGAGACAGGCAUCAGUCCGACCUGGCGACAUCGCGGAUGCUGAGGCAGUGUUGAGACGCUUGGAACAAGGAGAUGCAGCCCGCCAGCAACUGCGAGAAGCCAUGGCUUCAGGAAAACCCGAAGACCUUCAAAAAGCGAUCGCAGCUGGUGAAGCAGCAGGUCUUGGUCCUGAGUUGGAUGAAGCUCGUCGCCUGCUGGCAGAAGAGGAGAGGCGGGCUGCAGCACGACGUGCUUUGCAGAAGGCCUUGGUGAGCCGAAACCCGGAGGCAUUGCAAGACGCCAUUCGAGAGGGUGAAGCAGCUGGUCUUCCUGCGAAAGAGUUGGAACCUGCCAGGGCAGCUCUGGCUUCUGAAGAUGCGAAGAGCAAGGCUCGAAAACGACUGCAACAGGCCAUGGCUUCCAAGGACAUUGGCCAGCUCAAAUCAGCUUUGACGGCAGCUGAUCGAGCAGGAUUGAAUGCAGACGACACCCGGGCAGCAAGGGAAUUAUUGAAGGAAUUGGAAGAGAAGGAAGCAGCCAAGAAGAAACUGCGAGAAGCGAUUGCAUCUCGAGACCCGCACAGUUUGAGGUCAGCUAUCGCCAAAGGGCAACAACUUGGCCUCAAAGAUGAAGUCAAAGAGGCUCAGCGAGUCCUGGCAGAAGAAGAGGCCAAGGAGCAGGCCAGGAGAAGAUUGUCUGCAGCAGCAGCUGGGGAAAGCAUAGCGGAGCUGGAGGACGCCCUGCAUGGCGCGGCAGCUGCCCAGCUGCGGCCAGACGAGCUGCGCGCGGCGCAGCAGCGCCUGGAGCAGCUGAAGCGACGCCAAGCGGCGCGGGAGGCGCUGCAGGAGGCCUUGAGGCAGGGAGACGUGGAGAAGCUGAAGGAGGCCUUGCAGGAGGCUGAAAGGGAAGGAGUGGAAGAUGCAUUGUUGGAACAGGCCCGUGAAGUUCUGCGGCAAAAAGAUCGUCAAGACAAAGCCAAAGAAGCCCUGCGGAGGGCCGUAUCAUUAGGCAACAUGGAAGAACUUCGGGCAGCUAUUCGGCAAGGUCAAUCUGUUGGGCUCUCAGAUGAGGAUUUGGCAGAUGCAUCGGCUAAGCUGAAGGAACUUGAAGAGGAGGAAGAGAGGAGGCAAAAAGAGGAGGCUGAAAGAGUUCGGGAAGAAGAGCGACAAGCAAUGCUAGAAAGGGCAAAAGAAAGGGCAAAACAAGAUCAUGCCAAAGACUUGCUGGAAAAUGCCCUUCGAUCCAGAGAUCCUGAUGCUUUGAGAGGAGCCAUUGAUGCAGCUCUGAAAGCUGGUUUGCCUGAGGAAGAUUUAGCAGAAGCCAUACAGGCGUUGAAGGACGCAGAAGCAGAACAAGAGAAAACCGCUUCGCGCAAUGCUCUUGCAGCUGCUAUCACAUCAGGGGACAUUGGCCGCCUUCGAGAUGCUCUGCAACGUGCUGCGGACUUAGGCCUGGAUGAGUCUGAGAUGGAUGCAGCAAGGAAGGCACUAGAACAAGCUGAAGCAAAGGCUGCUGCACGAGCAGGGCUCCAUGAUGCCUUGAGGACUGGAGCAUCUUUAGCUGACAUCAAUGCGAGUCUUCAAGCUGCUGAAUCAGCUGGCCUCACAGAUGAAGCAGAUCAGCUGUUGAUUGACGCUGUGAAGAAGAAAGCAGCCCAAGAACAGGCCAAAAGAGAUUUGGAGGAGGCUCUUUCCUCAAAAGAUCCAGCAAAGAUUCGGGAAGCUCUGGUCAAGGCAGGUGAAGCUGGAAUCAAUGCAAAUGCCUUGCAGGAUGCAAUAGCACAGCUCCAGGCCCUGGAACGCAAAGCUGAUGCCGCCCAAAAACUUCGAAAGGCCAUGGACGGCUCCGACGCUGACGUUGACAAACUUCGCGCAGCGAUCGAAGCUGCAGCCGAGGCCGGCCUCGAUGCCAGCGACGCUGAGGAACGGCUCCAGGAAGCAGAGCGACGUGCCACGGCACGGCGUCGCUUGUCGGAUGCCAUGCAGUCAGGUGAACUGCAGGCAUUGAGGGCAGCCUUGGAAGAAGCCAAAGAAGCAGGACUUCCAGACUCAGAACUCAAAGAUGGAGAAGGGAAAUUAGCACAAGAAGAAGAGCGAGCAAAUCUCACACGCACCCUGCAACACAUGUCCACACAGAAAGACAUGACUAGCACGUUAAAUGCGGGAGGUUUGGACACCACAAAUAGAGGUCUAAAUGACACCAGACCUGCAGAUGCUACUCUUCCAAGAGAUGGUGGGCUCAGCAGCCAUGACAGCCCUGCACCAAAAGCAAACAAGUGCACCCCCACAUCUCAAACAAGAAUCUUUGAGAAGGCAGAGUACAUGUUCCAGAAGACCGCUCUUGAUGAUGCCAGCGAUGACGACAUUGUGAAGACGAUGCGGCAACGACUGAGAAAAUUGUAUGUCUCGCCAGCAGAGGCUUUGUCUGAAGCUAUGCAGGUGCCUUCCAUUGCAACAUCAUCUGGCCAAAGUGGUGCUAACUUACCGACAGUAGACUCAGAUGUGCUCCAAGCAUUUGCUGAACAGCUCCAGUUGUCGCUUUCAACCCCGCGUACCAUCAAAUUCCUAUCAGGUAUUGAUCAAGCAGCUGGUGGUAGUGGCAACAGUGAAGUCUCGGUCCCUGACUUUCUCAACGUUUUCAAUCCUGGAACGAAAUCAGCUUCCAGCACUCAGACAGGACCUACAGGAUCGAUAGGUGGCCCUGGCGACACACUGGUGAUGAGCGGGCCACACGCAGCUGCUGUGGCACGAGAGGAGAAGAAGAGGCAGUUGAUGCAACAGAGCAGACCCCAGGAGAAUCUUCGUCAACUGGUUUUACAGCAGAGGGUCAGCCAACUGAGCCGCAAAGAGGCUCAACUGGUGACGAACUUGAGGGAAGCUUUAUUUGAGCGCCGCUCCAACAUGCAGAAAAUGUUCAAAAGUGUUGAUCUGAAUGACGAUGGCGUCGUAACACUGGAAGAGUUCCUUCAUGCCUUGGAGGGUGCAGGAGUGGCUGUGGGUCAUGAAAUUGAUCGAGCACGGGCAAAGGUCACUGAAGAGGAAGCAGCUCGAAUGUUGGCAUAUUUUGAUCGCAGCUGCACUGGGACGCUUCAAUACAACGAGUUCAUGAGACUGUUGCAGGGCACCUUGGACUUGACUGAAGAAGCUCCCUUGGAACCUGAACUAGCUCGACGAAUCCCAGAUAUUGGCGAAUAUCGAGGUGCUCGGGCCAAUCUCAGCGGUACUGGGCUCAUACGAGCAGCUGCAGGGCUGCGGGGAGAUGGCUCCGACGAUGAACGGGCAGUGCAGAGUGCUUUUGCAAAGUGGGAUGUGAACAAUGAUGGAAAGAUUUCUGAGAGGGAGCUCCUCUCAGUUCUCCGAAAGAUUGAUCCAAAGAUCCGAGACCAGGCAGGUGGGCUUGGAACACUGGGAGCGCUUCGCCACGGGCGGCGCCAGGAUGUCAGGCGGUUGUUCGAGAAAGCGGCUGUGUUUGGUUCCUCCGCGACAUUUCCCCGUGGUGGUCGCAGCUUGGCUAAUGCUGGCAUGCAGCAGAUGACUCCCCGACCAGGACAAGCACAAGGGCCGCAUGCGAGUAUCACUACAAGCGGUCAGUUCCAAGAUUGCGAACAAUCUUUCAAAUUUUGGGUCUCGGGAUCUGAAGCUGGGCGGCGUAGUCUUUGGCAAGCCUGGGAUGCGAUCGACUACAACGGAAAUGGUAUCGUCAGCUUGGCCGAAAUUGACAAGUGGGUGGUGGAAACGUAUCCAAAGCUCAACAACAAAUCUGCCUUGAUGCGAGCAUACAAGUCCAGCGAUUUGGACAAAGACAGCUAUGUCAACAAGCGUGAGUUCCCCGUGUUGUUGAGGAAUGUCAUCUACUUCAACAAGGUGUGGACUGUGUUUGAAGCCAUGGACACGGACGCGGAUCGACGUCUGGCCUUUCCGGAGUUCCGACAAGGGCUGUCGCUGCUGGGAAUGGCCUCGGUGGUGAACCCGCGGUCUUUGUUUGACAGCCUGGACAGGAAUCGCGGUGGACUUGUGCUGUUUGAUGAGUUCUGCCGCUGGGUUACUUCGGUGCAAUGCCCCGUCGAUGGCAACGUGUACACGCCCCAAGUCACAAUGGCCAAUGCAUCUCCUACGCAUCAUCAUCCCCACCACAAGGGCUCUGUGCACCACAGCCACUCUGUGAAGACGCAGUUGGCGAAUCAGUUUGAAGUUGCCGAAAAAAAGAUGCAGGCCCUGCUGAAGGAUACUCGCCAAUUGAACUCGAUUUGGCGUUCAAUGGACUACAAUGGUAAUGGCUUGGUGAGCCUGGCUGAAAUGGAUGGUUGUGUCACUGAGUCUUUCAAAGAGCUCAACAACAAACCCGCUCUGAUGCGCGCAUACAAGGCAACCCUGCGCAAUCCCGAUGGCUAUGUGCACAAGACUGAAUUCAAAGUCCUGUUGCGGAACAUGUUCUACUUCAACAAGCUCUACACCCUCUACGAGGUUGUGGACACCGACCACGACCGGCGCAUGGACCUGACUGAGUUCCGCAGUGGCGUGUCCUUCCUGAGCCUGAAACUCACACCGGCGGAAGCUUUUGAUGAGUUCAACUUCAUGGAUGCGAAUGGAGGCGGACAAGUUCUUUUCGAUGAGUUUUGCAAGUGGGCUGCCGGGAAGAAACUGUACGCGGGCAUGUCGGUUGACGCUAUCGCCGUGGAAGUGAACCAGCAGGCGCUUGCGGUUUACUCCAGCAAUUUCGGUGCAGAGCACAUCGUGAAUCGUGAUAUUUGCAGUCUUACUCCGAAGUGGUUUGACCGGCAGCAGUGCAGAAUCUGGACAAUGUCACCGCCUUGCCAGCCAUACACCAGGCAGGGCAGAGUCAGAGAUGCAGAGGAUCCUAGGGCCAAGCCCUUGCUUCACAUCAUCAAGGUGCUUCGCGAGGUCAACAGCCCGCCAGAUGCCAUCGUAUUGGAGAAUGUGAAGAACUUCGAGCACUCUGACUCCUUCAAGCUCCUUUGCGAGGCAUUGGAAGCACGAAACUAUGACUGGCGAAGUUUUUUGCUGAGCCCCAGGCAGUUUGGCUUUCCCAAUGCACGCCUGAGAUUCUACAUGGUGGCUAAGCAGAGACACGACAGGCCCGCCUUUGAGCACGUACCGCCCAUGGUCCACGAUGAAUCUCAGGAGCACAGGCCAUGGCGCAGCUUGCCAUGCCUUGCUGCUGAGUGGCAUUCCUCCAUCAGUGAGUGUCGCAAGAGCUGCUCUGCUUGUGGUCGCACAGCUCCUGAUGAAGCUGGGGAAGGACUGGGGGGACCCACCAGCUGUGUCUACAACUUGCUGUCGAUUGCAGAUUUCCUGGACCCGAAUGACCCGAACGACUCGAAGAAGGAAAACACCGAAUCGGUAAAAGACCUGCAAUGGUUGGUGCCGGAAGAGACUUUGCAAAAAGAUUCAGCACGAUGCUUUGAUGUGGUUUACGAUGGGUGCUGCCACUCUCUGUGCUUCACCAAGGCAUAUGGCCGAUAUAUUGAUGGCACAGGCAGUGUUUAUGUGUUACCUUCAAAGUUGUUGGAGUCUUCCAAAGAUCCAGGAUCUUAUGCCAUGCAGGACUUCUAUGGGUCCUUACGCUAUUUCUCCCCAUCCGAGGCAGCACGGCUCCUGGGUUUCAAACUCUCAGCUUCGCCAGGCAUCGAUCAGACUGGUGGCACUUGUGGCACUUGUGGCACUUGUGGCGCAUCGGCGUCACGUCAGUGCCUUCCGCGGUGCCAGACACAUCCGGAAGCAUCGGGAGUCCCAGAGCUUUGUCGCUGCGUUGGCUUUCAAUUGCCAUCCUCGGAUCCCUCGCGUGCCCGUGAAUUAUGGGCGCUGUUGGGGAACUCGUUGAAUCCACAAGUGGUGGGAUUGGUUUGCGUGGCAUGUGAGUUGCCAAAGUUGUGCUCACAGAGCCAUGAACAGCAGAUCUUCCUGGUCUACGCGAGGCUUGGCGUUUUUCCCCUCCCGGAAGGCACUGUGGUCCACUCUGUUGAAGCAUCUUCGAUCAAGCUCGAGGGGAACAAGCUGCAGGCGAAACUGCGAUUUGCGAAUGACAAAACAGUGAAACCGCUGCUUCUGGAGCUGAGCUUUUUCCGGAAUGACGUGGAUGGCAAGCCUGGUAUCAUAAGGACCUUCAUCACAGAAGAGGAGCCCUUGCAUCCUCGAUUCCGGUUGACUGCGGGCGUGACCUGUUGGCAUGAACUGUUCCCUGGCUGCAAAGCCGCCGAUGCUAACCUUGGCAAGGUCUCCGUGAAAGAUGUCGGUGGAGCAACGGAAGUCUAUGCUGGAGAUUGCAAGGUGCGGCUGAGACAUAGCCCCUUUGAGCUGGACUUCUUGGUCAACGACCAGGUGGUGCAGAAGUUCAACUCCAGGCAUUUCUUGAACUUCGAAAGAUAUCGUCCGAAGGGUGCGCAGCCUCAUGCAGGGCUGGUAGAUGCCACGGAUGUUGACUCCAACGAUUUGUUCGAGGAAAGCUUCGGUGGGCACAGCGACAGCAAGCCACGUGGACCUGCAGGAGUUGGUAUUGACAUCACCUUUGAGGGUGCCAACGACAUCUUCGGCCUGGCGGAACAUGGCACCGGUUUGGGCUUGGCCGAAAACCGCUUCAGCGAGCCUUACCGAUUCUUCAACUUGGAUGUCUUUGAGUACGCCUUGGAUGUUCCCAUGGCACUGUAUGGGGCAAUACCCUUGGUGACGGCAAUACAUCAUCCGAAAAACCAGCAGUCUGGCACCUUUGCUUCGGGUUUCUUCUUUCCCAACCCGUCGGAAGGAUUUGUCCACGUUGAGACGCAAGGAUCUGAAACACGGAGUUGGUGGCUGUUUGAGUCCGGCAUUAUGGACAUGUUUUUCCUCGCUGGGCCCGGGCCGCGAGACGUACUUCAGAGGUAUCACACCGUCACCGGGUUCCCCCGAUUCCCACCACUUGCAACUCUUGGCAAGCACCAGUCACGGUGGAACUAUGUGGAUGUUGACGACUCCAUCAGCGUGAACAGGAAAUUUGAUCAGCACGACAUUCCUUAUGACGUGCUUUGGCUCGACAUCGAACACACUGACAGCAAGAAGUACUUCACUUGGCAUCCCACUCAUUUUGGCCAAGCUGACAAGUUAUUGGACACCCUGGAGGCAUCCGGAAGAAAGUUGGUGACCAUCAUUGACCCGCACAUCAAGAAAGAUACUGGGUACGAUGUCUACAAGAAGAUGCAGUCGCACGAUUUCUUCACCAAGACCAAAGACAAGCAGCUCUAUGACGGCUGGUGUUGGCCUGGGACAUCAUCCUACCCAGAUUUCUGCAAUCCAGAGGCCCGAAAGCUCUGGACCAGCUUUUUCCGGAUGGAUUACUAUCCCCACAACAGGCCAGACCUCUACACUUGGAACGAUAUGAAUGAGCCAAGUGUCUUCAAUGGGCCGGAGGUGACCAUGCCACGAGAUAAUCUGCACAAGUGCAGUGAAAAUGACUACAAGGUUGAACAUCGGGAUGUGCACAAUGUCUAUGGCUUCUAUCAUCACAUGGCCACUGUGGAGGGGCAGCUGGCGCGAGCUCCAAAUGUUCGCCCCUUCGUCUUGACGCGUUCCUUCUUCGCUGGCUCCCAUCGACACGGAGCCAUUUGGACGGGCGACAACAUGGCAAAGUGGGAGCAUUUGGCAAUUUCAGUGCCCAUGCUUGUGUCGCUGUGCCUCUGUGGAACUUCCUUUGUUGGAGCUGACGUUCCCGGUUUUUUUUAUGACGCUGAGCCAGAGCUAUUUCGGAGGUGGCAUCAGCUCGGCAUUUGGUACCCCUUCUACAGAGGCCAUGCGCAUUUGGAGACCAAGAGACGAGAACCUUGGAUGCUUGGAGAGGAGAUCACGCAGAAUGUCAGAGAGCAGGUCAGCGUCCGCUACCAGAUGCUGCCGUUCUGGUACACAUUAUUUGCGCAGUGGGCCCACUCCGGCAUCCCCAUCAUGCAGCCCUUGUGGUACCAGGACCCCUCUGAUUUGGAGGCAUUCAAGCACCAGAACACGCACUACCUGCUGGGCCAUGAUAUUUUGGUCAGGGCUGUUACGAAAGCUGGGGAGCGCUCUGUCGACAUCUACUUGCCAAAAGGUACCUGGUUUGAUUUCUGGAAUAUGCAGGUGGCGCCUUUGGCUGGCGGAAAGCUGCACCACCGCAAGACCAGCUCGUCCCGGGUGCCAGUCUACGUGCGCGCCGGUGCCAUCCUAGCCAAGAAAAUGAGGCGGAGGCGAAGCUCUUUGACGAUGGUGGCUGACCCCUACACCCUGGUCAUCUAUGGAGAUGAACAAGCCGAAGGCUUUGUUUACCUUGAUGAUGGGCAGAGUCAUGAUUUCAAGCAAGGCAAGUUUAUCUACGACAAGCUUUCGUUCAACGGUAGCGAGCUAGUGGCUGAGCCCAGCCAAAGGCUGCACGCCGUUGGACCAGCAAGCGGUUUGACCUCCAAGCAGAGCACAUCCAUCGAGCGGGUGGUUUUUGUUGGGCUGAAAUCUGCUCCACAGAAGGCCAGCUUGGACACCGGGAAGGACUUUGAGGUCACCACAACGACUAUGCCGAAUGGCGCGUUCGUGGCCCACGUCAAGAAGCCAACAUGUCACCUGGGCACGUCAUGGAAAUUGCGGCUCACCUACUGA